UCACAAACACUACGGACUACGUACGGCAUACCUUUUCGUUCACCGAGUUUUUCAGUCCAGUCCGAGUCGAACUGACGUGCGGCGUGUGACCCUGUUGCAGACGAUCGGCGCUUUUAUUUCGCGAUUAUUUCAGUUUUUUUUUUCUUAUAAAAGCUGCUAUUUCCGAACUUUUAGUUAGUGACUAGAUAUAUUCAUUUUGGUGCUUUUCGUUAUAAUGGCGUUGCCAUAUUUCUUGGACUAUUUCGCUGAUGAGCCUUAAUUGGAUUUUUCAUUUUCGGCUUUAACUGUUCCGGUUUUAGUGCAACAUGUCGCAGUGCAAGAAAUUCGCCCCGAAUAUUUUUCACAAGUCGAAAUGCUCGAAUUGUUUUCGCCAGAGGGAGGAACAUUCGGCCGAAGCCCUUGAAUGUAAUAGGGCCAGUAGAUCUAUAGCACGUAGCGGCUAUUUAUUUGUGGCUCCGGAUUGGGAUUUUUCGGUACCACUGAACAGAACAAAGAGAUGGCAGCGACGUUGGUUUGUACUGUACGACGAUGGAGAACUGAACUAUUCGGUGGACGAGCAUCCCGACACCAUUCCUCAGGGAUCAGUGGAUAUGUCGAAAGUAUUGGAAGUUACUGGAGCCGAACAAGUUACUGGCCACCCUCACUCAUUAGCCCUCACGAGUCCAGACCGAGUAACAUUCGUAAAAGCAGCGAGCCGAGAAGAUGCCAGAUGGUGGGCAGAACUUCUGGCUGUCUUCCCUCGAAGACAUAAACGUAACGCCACCUUCCCAGGGGGUAGAGCUUCACCUAGCUUACCGCAAUUGGGAAGGAGCGCUAGCCCACAACCACCUAGACCUCGACACUUAAGUGUAACAGGACCUUCACCGCGAACAAACUUCGAAACUCCUCCACUAAAAGAGGAAAGGGAAUCACCACCGAAGGAAAACGAGAGGGGCGUGAUAAAAAGUGACUCAGAAGUGGGAUCAGAGACGAGGGGCGUGACUGAGGUUGAUGGUGGAAGAUGGCCACCUCGACCUGGUUGGUUGCCCGACAGGACGCCGGGCGUGGCCAUUGAAAAUGCCACGCCCUUGAUCAGAAAAGAUUAUGUAGUCAGUUCGGGAUCACCACCAACCAGAGAUAAGCUACGGUGUGACGAUAAGGCAAGAGCCCGACGUGAUUGGCGUAAUGAACGUUUGCGCGAUAUAGCUACAGCUCUUACAGAUAGAUCUCCGGAGAGUAGCUUAGCGCUGCCAGCGGAGGGACUAUUACAUUUGAAAAAAGGCUGGCUUUGGAUGAAAACCCAAGAAAACGACUGGGUCCGACGCUGGAUAGUGCUCUGUGGACCAACGCUCAAUGUCUACCACGACCAAGACGAACAUGGUGUACCAGAUCUAUCAAUCGAACUCUCCACAGUCACCAACUAUACCGAAGUACCCACCGAUUCCAAAUAUGGUUUCGAAAUUAAAUGGGGUGGACCUGCACUUACAUUAAGCGCCGUAACUCAAGGAAUUAGAUCGAACUGGAUGCAAGCACUUAAGAAAGCAGCUCCCAUGCCUGCAGAGAGUCCGAUUACACCAAAUACACCAAAAUCCUCAUUAUUUUCUAGUGAUGAGGAGUACAAGACCGCUUCGGAGGGAGGAAGGCGAGAGUCCGGAGACUGGAGUGAACUACCACCUUCUCCGCCCCUCAACAGGCCCCCUCUUAGAGUAAAAGAUCGAUCCAGGUUACGUCCAAGACUUCCCCGAUGCCAGUCCAGACAAUCGACCCUUGAUAGCACAUCCACAGAUGAAUUAGACUGCGCCAAAGACCCCAAUGAUGGGGGUGUCGACUUAUUUCCAGUGGUCAAUAAUAACGAACUAAUUGCUGACUUGCAAAAACAAUUAGCAAGAUCCGCCCAGGAGGUGAACAACUUGGAGGAAGAAAUUGCAAGAUUGAAAAAACUUCAAAACGAUGCCGCUAUACGCGAAAAAAAGACGAAAGAGAUGCUGGCUAAUUUGGAAAAAGCGGAACUAGAAUUAAAUCAACGUAACUCCCAAAUGGAAAUAAAAUUCCUCAAAGAGCAAAAGUCUCUGCAACGCCGCCUGGCUGAAUCAGAAGAGAGCUCAAGAACGUUCGAGGAAAAGUACGAACUCCUUCUCAGGGAACUGCAAGCCAAGCAACAAAUCUUAUCUAACUUACAAGAAGAACUUGAAAACUCCAACGAACGUCUCGAACGAAGCAGACAAGAAAACAAUAGGGUCCUUAAAAAGCUACAAGAGCUAGAGUCACGGUGCAACUUUAAAAACAAUAAUAUUUAUAUGGACUCACUCACGGACCUUACCAAUGUUGACCUGGAGGUGGAUAUAGAUGAACUAGGCACGAACGAGCUAAAAGAAUAUUGCCUAGAUCUGAAAUGCCGCUUCGAAAAAGCCGUUAUUGAGAUCCGCGCUAUAAAAAGGGCCCUACGUAGCUCAGAAGAAAACUGUGAUAGGUUGGAGAUCGCCAACCACAGCCUGAAACAAAGCAUCCAGGCGCUGAAGCAAGAACAUCAAGCUGAAGUUAACUUACUAGUCACCAGGUUGGAUCAUUUGACUUCAAAACUGACAACAGUGGAGAAACAGUUAAGGAUCAAAGCGAAAACUGAAGCAAAAGAUAAAAGAAGAUCCCUAUCUUUGAAAGGUAAGGAGAGCUUUUCGAUCAAUAAGGAGGUUGAAGAUAAAGUUACCGAACUAGAGGCGAAAAUUUUAAAUUUGGAAAAAGGCAGGCCUAAGAGAAGGAUUAAACGCGAUAGGAGCAACGAGAGGACUUCGCCCAUAGACGACAAAUCAUUACGCAGACUUAGGAGGAAGAGCUUGGACAGCGCCACCAGCUCUGAACCAAUGAAACUACUUAUGAGACUGAGUUCUUUAGAAACCAAGGUUACCAGCGUGAACGCUUCGAACGAGAGUUUAAACCUAGUUGCUAGCAGCAGCGUAUCGGACUUAACAAAACUAAUCGAAGAAAGUGGAAGCUUAGACACCAUGCUUAUGUCGGCCAGAGCAAAGGUUCUAGAGUGCCUUCAUUCAGUAAAUCUACUUAAAGGUAAACGAUCAUCUUUAAGCGCCGAUCGGUUACUUUUCUUAGAAAACACUUUAAACGAACUCAACCAAAUCUUAAGUAAAGGCGAUAGCAAUAGCAGUAUCUUGAGUUCCGCGGAAACCACCGUAAUCAAUACUUCAGCUGAGAAUGUUGUAAAGCAGCUUCAAGACGUUUUAUUGGAAAAGUUAACUAAUCUGGCAGAGAAGAAAAGACUACUCCUGGAAAGUGGCAAAUUAGACAUUGGAGCUAGGAUACAUAUCCUAGCAGAAAAGGUGGCUUAUGAAAAUAUCUUAAUAAGUAGAAUCCAAGAGGCUCUAAACUCCCCUGUAACUGGAGAAGCUAUUUGCAAAAGACUGAUUGAUAAAGAAGCUAAAGAAACUGCUUAUUUAAUAAUCGCCUUGCAAAAUAAACUUAACGGCACCAGCGUUAAACAGCCUCCUAUAUGCAGGACCAGCGCAGAGUAUCUCAGUAAAAUAUUGGCAAAAUGUCUUAUAGCUGUCAACCAGGGCUUUAAGAUGUGUAAAAAUUUUGUUAAAAAUAACGGACCCUCACUACAUAUUUUAUGUGAGGAACAACAAAAGCUGGAGGUGUUACUCGACGUCUAUAAAGCAACUAAAAUGCCGCAACUAGCUGAAGCUUUAGCAAACGAGACUUAUAACAUGUCCACGGAUCAAAAUUGUCGAAUAAAGUCCUUAAGUGAAGAUGCUGUCGAAGAAUUCAAUAAAACCGCUCAGGAAAUUGUAAAUGCUGAGCUGAUUCAAUCUGAAAUCAAUCACGUCCUGCAUAGAGCCGCGCAGAUAUACCAAUCUAACUUAGAUACAGAUCAUGCGUUCUUUUUCAGUUUCUUUGCAGCCGAACGGGCUGCUUUGGAGCUGUGGUCUGACUCUGUAGGGGACUGUCUUUACGAUGAAAUCAACAAAAGCAUAUCGGAACUCACGGAACUUUAUAAAAACAACAUUAACAAACUGCGGAGGCAAAACUGGAGACGAAAAGUUGAAUCGGAGCGUUCCAAUCGGGCAGCCUCGGUUCUGCUACAUGAAUUUGCGGACAUUGUGGCUCAUAAGGCUCUGAUUGAGGCACGAAUCAAUGUGCUUAGCGGAAAAUGUAACAUUUCCCAAGAUUUAACGUGUAAUAAUGAGGGAAGUGGUUUAUCCAACUGGCUGGAAAACGAGAAAUACUGGAUGAGGCUGGAGAAUCAACCUUUGGUGCAAGCGGAUGAGCGGUUGGAGAUGGAAUUCGGCUGCAUGUUGGAUAGGUUUAGUAAGGAGUGUUUGGAGGUGCUUAGGCAACCUGAGUUGGAACAGGUUAUGUCCCAUUUGGAAGAGUUUGAGUCAAAGAUUGAAGAUAUGCAGCGGAUAUUGAAAUUACCAAAAGAGGAGGGACGGACCUCGACCACUGGGAGUUGGAGCGAUGUGUGCCAGAAAUGUAAAAAGUUAAGAUAUAGUUUAGAGAAUGUUAGGGAGAUGAUUGGAAGGAGUGGAGGAUCUCUGAAUAGAUCCGAAAGCAAUUUAGACCAAAGACCAGCAUAUUUAGGUACCGAGUACCUCACGCAAGUGGAGAACUUGAGGGCCGCCUAUAGAUGCGCAUUAGCCUCGUGUAAAGAGCGACACCAGGAAUCGGAUAUCGAACAGCUUCAACAGCUUUGUGAAAAGGUGCUUAGCAGUAUGGAACAAUGGCAUAGAAGAACGAUACAAGAAUUAAGAGAGGCUCAUGCAGAAGAAGUCGAAAUGUUAAAGCAAGAGAAGGAACAGGCGCUGGCCGAAGAGACGCAAGCCACUUUGGCCGCAUUGGACGCUAUGAGGAAAGCUCAUGUAGCUGAGGUUCAAAGAGAAGUUGCGAGGUUCAAGCAGGAGUUUGCCCGGCAGCAACGGGACGAGAUCCUCGACCUGUCAGAGCGGCUGUCGGUCAAGUCACUAGAGGCGGCCGCCCUCGAGGAGCAACUGGGCAGCGCCACUAGACAGUUGGCGCACGCGCAGCAGCACAUUUUGCAGCUCGAAAGGAACCCCCAGCUCUCACCUAUGCAGAACUGAUGAUGUGUAUCCGUGAGAAGCGCAAAGCAUGUAAAACCUACUAGUCUUUAACAAGCCUCAAUACGUAUACCAGUAAAUAAUAUUAACAUUUUUAUUAUUUUUAAGUGAAAUAUUAUCGGAAUUAUAAUAUUUUUUGUUCCACCGUUGUGUACAGUUACUCGCACCCAUUUUUUGUUUAUAUAACCAUACCUCUCCGCCCACAUGUUUAACAUUUUGUCAAUUAAUACAUUUAUACAUGUUUUUCA